GCACCUCGUGACGGCGGGCGCGGCGAGGGCGGCGGCGGCGGCGGCGGCGGGAGCAGGGGCAGGGCCGGUGCCCGGCCGCGCAGCCCGCGCGGCGCGGGCGCAGACGCUUGCUCCGGCUCUGUGGGUGCGGAGGCGGCGCCCGGCGAGGCCGGGCGCUUCCGUGUGUAUGUCUCGCGUGAGGGUCGGGUCUGCGUCCGGUUCGUUGAGCCGCCGCCGAUGCGUGACCCGCGGCUUGGCGGGGACGACCGCGGGCGCGAGCGGGAGCGGGAGUGGGAGCGGGAGCGGCAGGGGCAGCGAUGCGGAGGCGGGGGCGGCGGGGACCACCGCGGGCGAGACUCGCGGGGCGGCGGCGGCGGCGGAGGCAAGCGCGCGGGUUUGGGCAGGGACGCGAGCGGGGAGGCAUCAAAGCGCCCCAGGCGCGGCGAGGAGAGCGGCGCAGCGCCGCGGGCCGCCGCCUUGCAGCGCGGCGCGGCGCAGGAGCGCCCGCGGGCGCGCGAGCGGGGCACGCGGUCGCCGGAGCGUGCGCGUACGCCGCAGGCCGGCGGCGACGACGCAAGGGAGGGGCCACGGCGGGCAGGGACGCGCGACACGCCUCCUGGCGGUGGCGCCGACCGCGCACAGUCUGGCGCCGAUAGGGUGCCUCGGGAGGAGCAGCAGGAGCAGCAGUGGCAGCACCAGCAGCAGCAGCAGCAGCAGCAGGAGCAGCAGCCCAUGGAUGUCGACGCCGGCCCUGCCGGGCGCACCUGCCCGCCCACUGCAGUGCCCAAUCACGCAUUCUCUGCCGUCAGCGACGGCGCAGGCGCGGAGCCGGGCGGCCUGCUGCCGAGCGCGCCGCCACGGCCGCCGCCGGCGGCCGUGCGGACGGCGCCGUCUGCGCCCGAGUGGCGCGAGGCGGCGCUCAGGUGCCCUGGCGCCCCCGUGACGCCUGUCUGUGAGAGUGAGGGGGAGCACGGCGGCGGCCCGCCGCGCUUCACGCCCGCCAAGCCCGAGCUCGGGCGGCCGCAGGACGCGCCGCCGCCUGGCGCGCCCUUUGACGCUUGGGCGCCGCAAGCGCCCGCGGCAGGGCCCGGGCAGAGCGACGGCGAGGCUGCCGCGUGCGCGAAGGCGGGCCGGCGGGGCGGCGCGGGGCAGCAGGAGCGGCCGCAGCCGUCGGCGGCGCUGGGGUUUGGGGCUGCGGGGACUGCAGCGUACGCGAUGGGCGCGCCGGCAGCGGCCGCGCCCGGCGCGGCCGUGGCUGCGGUGGUGGGAGACGCGCCCGCUGACGAGGUCGGCAACGAUGCAGACGUGGAGUUUGAAAGGGCGGGCACGCCGGAUUUCAUCCCCCUGACGGAUCAAGGCCAAUGCCAGGCUGACUGUGUGCCGAGGGCUGCGGCGCAGCCAGCGCCCGUCGCGGGCCCCAAGCAGCCUGUGUCACCGCUGGCGGCGGCCGCUGCGCCGGCAUGCGAUGUCUUUUGA